AAUCACUCAAUUAUUACCUAUGGCUAAAGCAACUCUCAUCCUUUUCCUACUUUUGUCCCACAUUUCAGUGGGGACAUUGGUGUUAGCAAAUGAACAGAAAACUUGGUGUGUGGCUAAACCUUCAUCAGAAUCAAAAACAUUAGAAGAAAAUAUAAAUUAUGCAUGUUCUCAAGUGGAUUGUAGAAUAUUGCAAAAGGGUUGCACUUGUUUUUCACCAGAUAAUCUCAUGAACCAUGCUUCUAUUGCCAUGAAUCUUUAUUAUCAAUCUAAAGGAAGAAAUCAAUGGAAUUGUCACUUUGGUAAUUCUGCCUUAAUUGUCUUGACAGAUCCAAGUUAUGGCAGCUGUAUCUAUGAGUGAAGACAUGAUUAGGAUAAACACGAUUAGGAUAAGCAGCUAAAUUAAGAGGUCCAUUGUUAUUUAUUUUAUAAAAUGUGGUCAUGUAGCCCCC